UCUUCUGCGGGAAGGAGUCGUUGGAACGGCACGCACCCUUGUUGGAGGAGGGUCCUUUUUCCUUUCGGUUAUUUUCGUUUAUCUGUCAGGAAGAUGGCGGACCAGCAAGCAGGGUUGCUGCUAUCCCGCGAGCAGGGAUGUCUGGAAGAAGAGGAGGAGGAAGAGGAGGAGGAGGAGGAGGAGACUGAUAAGCUUUAUGUGUCCAGAAAAAUGGAAACAACUCAGCAUGGUAUGGAAAUGAUUAAGAAAGAAAUACAUAUUGAAGAGGAAGAAACAGUAAUGCAAAUUGAAGGGGAGGAAAAAGAACAAGAAAUUAGAAAGGAAACUAACAGAAAUUUACUGGAUACAUCAUCUGAAUCUCCUAGAGGUUUGCUAACCCAACUUUAUGAAAAACACAUUUCAAUCCAGAGAACACUUGCCGAUCUAGAAAAGCUGGCUGGUAUGAAGGAACAUGACAUGACCUCAGCUGUUCUCCAGAAAACAGACCCUCAUGUGGCAGGUAGAAAGAAGCUUUGUCCUCUAUGUCCUGAAGACAGGUUUAAAGCUUGUUAUGAUCAUAAGCUCCACCGCCACCUUCAGAACCUCCACUGGAAAGUGUCUGUUGAAUUUGAAGGAUACAGAAUGUGCAUCUGUCACUUACCGUGUCACCCCCUGAAACCAAAUGUUGCUGGAGACCAGAUAUCCCUAAAAAUAGGAGCCCAUUACCACUGCAUUAUCUGCUCAGCAACCGUUACCCGAAGGACUGAUAUGAUAGGGCAUGUUAGACGCCAUGUUAAUAAGGGAGAAACUGAAUCUAGGUAUAGCGCUGCCCAGGCUCCCAAGUCUACACACGAAGUCCUGAAAGAAGCAGACACAGAUAUACAAGUCCUUCCUAACUAUUGUACGCCAGAGAAAACAGAUUCCUAUUUUAAUCCCAAAAUGAAGCUUAACAGGCAGUUGACAGUCUGUGCUUUAGCUGUUUUAGUUGAAGAGCGAAAACCUUUGGAGUGUCUGGAUGCAUUUGGAGCCACAGGUAUAAUGGGAUUACAGUGGGCAAAGCAUCUUGGAAAUUCUGUAAAGGUCACCAUUAAUGAUUAUAAUAAGAAUUCUGUAACAAUGAUACAUGAGAACUGUCAUUUAAAUAAGAUGAAGGUGGUGACCAGCAGCAAAGAGGAAGAUGACUGUAAUGAAACAGUGGAAGAAGGGGAGGAAAACUUUCCUACCAUUGAAGUGACACAAAUGGAUGCAAAUGUCAUCAUGCACUUGAGAGCAUUUGAUUUUAUACAUCUAGACCCAUUUGGAUCUUCAGUGAACUAUCUUGAUGCAGCUUUCAGGAAUGUAAGAAAUCUUGGCAUUGUGUCAGUGACAUCGACAGAUACCAGCUCUCUCUACGCCAAGGCUCAGCAUGUGGCUCAGCGCCACUAUGGUUGCAACAUUAUCAGGACAGAGUAUUACAAGGAACUGGCAGCUCGCAUGGUAGUUGCUGCUGUGGCAAGAGCUGCUGCACGAUGCAACAAAGGCAUUGAAGUUUUGCUUGCAGUGGCCCUAGAACAUUUUGUUCUAGUGCAGGUGAGAGUACUGAGAGGACCCACCCCUGCAGAUGACACUGUCAAGAAGAUUCAAUACCUGAUCCACUGUCAGUGGUGUGAAGAAAGGGUAUUUAAAAGAGAGGGCAACAUGAUAGAAGAAAACCCUUAUUGGCAGCUCCCUUGCGACUGCUAUAGCAGUAUGACAGGGAAGACAGCAGUUGAACUCGGUCCUUUAUGGUCAGGAUCCCUCUUUAACACUGGAUUUCUAAGAAGAAUGUUGUUUGAAGCAGUUCAGUAUGGCUUGGAUGAUAUCCAGGCCCUUCUAAAAACACUAAUCUGUGAAGCAGAGUGUACAACUCACAAACAGUUUUUAAUACACGGCCCCAGCAGCCAUAACAGACAAGAAGAGUGUGGUGUGUUGAUUAAGACACCAGAUGCUGCGGCAGAUUACUGCAUUAUACACGAAAAACGAAAGAGCAAUGAAAUGACCCAAAAUGGAGCCAAACGUCAAAAGCUUGAGAGUAAUGUUGAGCAUCCUGCCUUUUAUUACAAUAUCCAUAGACACAGUAUUAAAGGAAUGAAUAUGCCAAAGUUGAAUAAAUUCUUGCUUUACCUCUCUCAAGCUGGGUAUCGAGUAAGUCGAACUCAUUUUGACCCCAUGGGCGUUCGCACUGAUGCCCCCCUGGAACACUUUAAAUCCAUUCUUACGAAAUACAGCAAACCCACAUAUGUAGGAGGGCAAUCUGAAGGCUCUGUGCAUGCUUCGGAGGAUUCCCAGGCAGGAACUCAAGGCGAGUUCACAGAAGAAAACUUGUAAAAUGACCCUUCUAGAAAGAGGUUUGACUGUUUGGUUUUUUGAAUUGAAGAUCUAUGUCAAGUAGUACAGUAAAGUCAGUGAUCUCUGGAGACAGUGUGACCUGCUGACCUAUUUUAACUGUUGGAUAGUUUUAGAACAGCGCAGAAGAACAGCCACUCCUAUUUUCUCCUGAAAUUGUAGUUCAGUUUUUCAGUUGUUAUUUUAAUGCUUGUACUUUUUUCAAUUAUUGAAUUCUGCAGCUAUCCUGAACUUUUCCUAUUUUUGAAACUUCUUGUUCAGAUGUAUAAUAUUGUUUUUAAGAGGAUGGAAUUGCAGGGACCUGGGGUACCAAAUGCUUGUGUAAUUAAUUAUUAUAACUUAACAAAUAAAGUGUUCUAUCUUU